AUGGAACAGCCUCGUGGUGCCGCCGCGGCUCCCGGGAGCCUGCCGUUGGAUCACCCCUAUUACCCUCCUGGCCUCUCCAUCCCCAACUUUGAUCCGAACACGUCGCCAUUAUGGCUGCUGUUUGUUUACUUUGCCUCUGCCCUGGCAAUGUUUUUAGUGGCCGCCUUUCUCGUGGCGCGGCUCGCAACGCCCCGUUUCCGCCAGGCUCCCUUCUCUGACAAGGCGUUGUUUAUUUGGUUCACCUUGUGUGGCGGUCUCCACUGGUUCUUUGAAGGCUACUUUGUCAAGCACCACGCCACACUUGCCGGCUCACAGACGGUACGCGCACAGCUCUGGAAGGAGUACGCGCUGUCAGACUCGCGGUACCUCACGUCGGAUCCCUUUAUGCUCUGCGUCGAGGGUCUGACCGUGCUGGUCCAAGGCAGUCUCUGUUUUCUGACUGCAGCCACUAUCGUCUACGGCGCUCGUUUGCCAGCGGGCCGCUCCGGUUUGCGGCACGUUUUGCAGAUGGUUGUCAGCACGGUGCACCUGUUUGGCGUCUUGCUGUACUACGGCACGCUUCUGUUUGAGGAGUCCAUCCACGGAGCGAGCCACUGCCGGCCCGAGUUUCAGUACCGCUGGGUCUAUUUUGCGGGCAUGAACGCGCCGUGGGUUGCGGUGCCACUCUAUGCUCUCUACUCAAGCUCAAAAUCGAUCUGCCGUGUGUUCGCCACCGUCAACAGCAUCAGCAUCGAUGUGCUGAGCGUUUGUGGAGCGCAGACAUCAGGGAAGAAAGACCAAUGA